AUGGGUAUUUCAUUAUCAGUAUUAGAUAUUAAAAUAAUAUCAACUACUGUAUUGUUUAUACUAAGUUUAUUAGCAGGAAUAGCUCCAUAUUGGAUGAGAAAUUUAAAUAAUAGCUCAAGAUAUUUAUCGUGGAGUAAUACAUUUGCUGGAGGUGUAUUUUUUGGAGCAGGUAUGUUACAUUUAUUUGCAACAGCUGAUGAAGAUCUACAACCAUAUGUCCAAAAAUACAAUUAUCCAUUUGCAGCACUUUGUUUAUGUGUUGGAUUUUUAAUUACAUUAUUUUUAGAAUUAAUAAUAAAUUCAAUAUUUAUAAAGAGUAAUACAUUUGCCUCAUUACAUGGACAUAGUCAUAGUCAUGUACAUUUAUCACAUGGCCAUUCACAUCAUGGGAAAGAUAAUGGUAGUAAUGGUAAUCCAGGAUCAGGUGUUGGUAUUGGAAUGGGGAGUGUAGGUGCUUUAAAUUCUAAAAAAAAUAAAACAACAUCACCAACAAUAACACCAACAACACCAUCAGAAGGAACAACAACAACAACGACAACAACAACAGCAACAACAGCAGCAACAGCAAAAGAAAUAGUACUUGAAGAUGAAGAUGAAGAUGAAGAAAAAGAUAUAAUGGAUGAAAUAAUAAUUCCAGAUGAUUAUGAUGAGAAUGAUGAUGAACAAAUAUAUAAAAAGAAACAAUCAAAAUGUGCAAGAACAAAAUUUAGAAAAUUUAUAGAUACAAUACCAACCUUUUCAUCAACAUCAACAUCAUCAACAUCAUCAUCAACUAAAAUUAGUGAAAAACAAAGAUUGCUUGAUAGUAGUAAUAGUUAUUAUUAUAAUCAAAAUAAAUAUAAAGGAAUUAUUGGUAGUCAUAUUGAUAUUGAUAAAAGUGGUAGUGGUGUAGGUGGUUUCUCAAAUAAUAAUAACAAUAAUAAUAACAAUAACAAUAAUAAUAACAAAAACAACAAUAAUAAUAAUAAUAAUAAUUUUAGAACAGAAAUAAUUAUACAACCAAUCAGUACAACAAGUAAUAAUAGUGUACACCACUAUCCAUCUAGUAGUGUAAAUUAUCAUCCGUUUAUUACUACAACAACAACUACUUGUAGUAAUGAUAAUAGUAAUAGUAAUAAUAAUAAUAGUAGUAAUAAUAAUAGUAGUAGUGCAAAUAUAACGCCAAAUACAAAUAAAAUUUUAAGUAGUAGUAAAAGUUUAAGUUACCGUUAUAAUGGUGAUGAUGAAGAACCUGACAUUAUCAUUGACUAUGACGAUAUAGAUUAUAAUCAAGAGGGUAGAACAAGAGGAAAUAGUUUAGGAUCAGAUUCAAAUGUACAUAAUGAAAGAAUAGUUUUAAUAAAUAGUGGUAUUGGUAAUAGUGGAAAUAUAGGUAGUAAUAAUAAUAAUAAUAAUAAUGGUGGUGGUGGUGGUGGUGGUGGUAAUAGUAAUAUUGACUAUAAUGAUAAUGAAGAAAAUAAUAAUAAUAAUAAUAAAAUAGAAAGUGAAAUUUUAAUAAAAGAUACGACAACAGAUUCAAUAAAAAAUAUGAAAGGAGGUGAACAUCAACAUCAACAUCUUCAUCAACAAGAGAUAAUAGUUGUAACUAAAAAGAGUAAUAUAUUAUUACCAUUUAUAUUGGUUAUAGCGUUAUCAAUUCAUUCAUUAUUUGAAGGUUUAGCAAUGGGUGUACAAAGUUCAGAAAUAAGAGUUUUCGAUAUUUUAAUUGCAAUUUUCGCUCAUAAAAUUUUAGCUUCUUUUGCUUUAGGUAUAAGUACAAUAACAAGUUCAAAUGAAAAACCAUCAUUUUUAAAAUUAUUUUUAUUAGUUUUUGUAUUUUCUUUAACUUCACCUAUUGGGUCAAUAUUAGGAAUGGUUAUAGUUGGAUCAGGUGUAACAGGAUCAAUGGUUCCACCAAUACUUCAGGGUAUUGCAAGUGGUACCUUUUUAUAUGUUGCUGUGGUAGAGAUCAUACCCAAGGAGCUAAGUCAUGAUAGUAAUGAUAUUUUAAUUAAAUCAUUUUUAUUGUUAUUAGGAUUUAGUGGUAUGGCAGUUGUUGCAAUUUGGGUUUGA